AACGUUGGAUAAGCGAAUACGUUGGAUAAUAAAGAGAGAUUAAGGAAAAGCCUAUUAAACUUCAAAUUAGGUUAUGAUUUUACAAAUUAAGCACCAAAACAUCAUGUUAUACAACAAAUUUGACAGAAAAAGUAGUUCAAUACACAGUAAUGCUAUGUAGUAAUUACUGUAUUUACGAAUUUAGCACCAAAAUAUCACGAUGUAUUGAAAACAUUGACUACAAAAAUGCGUUGGAUAAUCUAGAAUGUUGGAUAAGCGAGUGUUGGAUAAGUGAGACUCUACUGUAUUGCCAUGAUGUUAAGCCGCCCUGAGUCCCCUCUGGGGUGAGAAGGGCGAAGUAAAGGUAUAGUAAAUAAAUAAAUAAUAUCAGAUAUUUGCAUUAUGAUUCCUAGUGGUAGCAAAAUUACAGUUAUGAAGUAGCAAUGAAAAUAAUUGUAUGGUUGGGGGUCACCACAACAUGAGGAGCUGUAUUAAGGGGUCGUGGCAUUAGGAAGGUUGAGAACCACUGGUCUAAGAGGAUAGGAGAAAGAGAGCUUUCUGGAGCAGUGGCCAAAUACCUGGAUUUGCAGAACAGAAAAAGAGUUAUGUUUGAGAAAAAAUGAUUUGAAAGAAGGAAGCAAUGAGUCCUGUCUACAGUGACCACUAGAAACACACUUUCACAGCAUCCAACAAUUGCAAUUUCACAGCAGCCAAUGCUGCAGUGUAGAUGGAGGAUGAGGUCCUCAUGCAGCCAGAACCAUUACAAAAUGCCACUCCAUUAGAUGGGCCUAUGUGGAAGGAAAGUGUUUUAAUUUUUUCUGAUGGAUGGGAAAUGUCUUCAGUACCUCCUCCUCCUCCUCUAUUGUUUAUGCUCUGCCAUGGGGAAAAAUACCACUUUAUUGCUCUUUAGUCAGACUUCACCUGGAAUAGUGUGACCAGUUCUGGGGAUCAUAAUUCAAGGAGGAUAUUGACAUCCAAAAACAAGUGGAGAAGGGCGACCAAAAUGGGAGCCUGGGAGCUAAACUCUGUGAGGUGCAACCAAGGGAUCUGGGAAUGUUUAGCUUAGAGAAAAGAGGGCUGAGAGAAGGGGAUGUGAGAGCCAUGUUUAAAUAUUUGAAAGGAUGUCACAUUGAGGAGGGGCAAGCUUGUUUUCCACUCCCCCAGAGGACACAGAGCAAUGGAUUCAUACUAUAGAAAUAGAAAUUCCAUCCAAACCUUAGGAAGAACUUCCUGAUGGUAGACAAAUUCUGCAGCACAUUGAAAGAAUAACACUUUGUGAACGAACGCUACUAGGAAUGUCAGAAACCAUUGCUGUGUGCCUUCAAGUCAUUUCCAACUUAUUGAAGACCAUGUUUGAAUCCCUAUUCAGCUGGGAUAAUGGGUAACCAUUAGCAAGUCAUACUCUCUCAGCCUCAGGGGAAGGCAAAGGCAGACCUUUGAACCACUGAACAAACAUUGCCAAGAAAAUCCCAUGAUAGCUUCACCUUGGCAUCACCACAAGUUAUAAUUUAUUUGAAGGGACACAGCAAUUUCUGAUAUCUCUGGUGGUCAUAGUUUAUAAAGGCUCAUUUUUUCAAUGUGCUGCAGGAUUUGUCUGGAAAGAUAUCUCAGCAAACUCUUCUAAUGUUCUGAGUUGUUUAUAUUUAUCCUAUAAUGGUUCCCCAUUUGGAGAGUCCCAAUUAAUCCUCUGUCAUCCCACUUAUUCAGAGGCUUGUAAAAUGACCUGGUUUCUCUCACCUUCCCUUUCUACUCUUGGCUUACUUCAAUUGCUCCAAAUGGAGUUCAAAGCAGGAAAAAUGGUUUAAAUUCAAUUAAAUGUGUUCAGGAGAGAGGAGGAGAAGGAAAUAAAUCUUGCUUUUCUCAGUAAGCUCAGGCAGAAGAAACCUUUGCAUUCUGUCCCAGCCAUUCUUCCACAUUCAUGUUGCUUGGCCCCAGAAACCCAAGUUUCAUCUAUAAAAUGCUGGGGGUAUGGAGUGACACACUGAAUCAGUUUUAUAGGGAACAUGCAUGUCUAUACAUGCAUAUUUUGCUGGUACAUUGUGCAAAUAAUGAGUAGGAACUCUCUUUCAUAUGUAUGGAAAAUAUGGAAGCUUGAGAAAUGUCUGCAGCAACAUAAUUAGGGUUGCUUAAGAGUUCAUGAAUAAGGGAUUAUGCACAAAACACAUCCCCAUACUAGUGAAACCUUACGUUAAGCCUUUCUCAAACAUAUCAUAAAACCAAAUAUAUAAAAGGCUGCUUAUACACAAGCAUAUGUGACAGUAAGAACGUCACAAAGAAGACAAAAGCUAUCUGAGCCAGAAAGAUACCGGGGCAAGAGAAGAAACGGCAGAAGAACAAUGGAGAUCUGGAGUUUUUUGACUUUUCUACUUGUAGGCAUUUUGAUACUGAAGUAUCUGAAACAGCUCUGGUCAAGCAGAAACUACCCUCCUGGACCUUUUCAGCUUCCCUUCAUUGGGGGUCUGUGGCGAAUAGGGAGGACAUUUAAUCAAGAUACAUUCACGAAGCUUGCAAAGCAAUACGGAAACAUUUUCACAAUCUGGGUGGGCUCAUAUCCUGUAGUUGUCCUGUCCGGUUACCAAGCGGUGAAAGAAGGACUAAUCAAUCAUGCAGAAGAGUUUGGUGAGCGACCCGUGACUCCUACAACUAAAGCCAUGUGUAAAAAAAGGGGUAUUAUGACAACAAACGGUCACACUUGGAGGCAGCAAAGAUGGUUUGGGCAAGCUACCUUGCGGAAGUUGGGCCUGGGGAAGAAAUACGCAGAGCACGUGAUAGAAGAGGAGGCCCUUGGCAUUGUGGAGGUGUUUGCGCGCACAAAAGGCCAUCCAAUUGACCCGGUAGUACCGAUGACAAGUGCAAUCUUCAAAGUGAUCUGCGGUGUCAUUUGGGGGAACCAAUUUUAUCCUAGCGAGGAAGAAAACCAGAAAAUAAUAGAACACCUUGCAACUUUUGUCAAAUUUGGAGAUAGCAUAUUUUAUGUUCUCUAUGAAAUGUUUCCAAGGCUCAUGGAACAUUUCUCAACACCUUUAUCAAGUGCCAUUGCAAAAAUCGACAAGGCAAUUUCACUUUUAAAGCAAGAGAUUGCAAAACACAAGGAACAUGAGAUGCAACAUGACCCCCAAGAUUUCAGUGACUUCUAUCUGUAUCAGAUAGAGAAAACCAAGAGUGAUCCUGACUCUACUUUUAAUGAAGACAAUCUGGCUCAGUGUAUUCUUGAGUUCCUUGCCGCAGGAACAGAAACUACUGCCAGUGCUCUGCAAUGGGCACUGCUCCGCAUGGCAACUCAUCCAGAUAUCCAAGAUAGAGUCUAUGAGGAGAUGGAGGAAGUUUUGGGUACCUCUCAAUCAAUCUGCUAUCAAGAUCGGAAGAAACUGCCCUACACCAAUGCUGUGAUUCACGAGGUUUUACGUGCAAACUAUGUCUUACCUCUUGGGAUUGUUAGGCGAAAUACUAAAGAUGUGAACAUAUAUGGUUACACCAUUCCCAAGAGGACCUUUAUCGUGCCAGACCUGGGCUCAGUAUUUCUUGAUCCCAAGCAGUGGGAGACGCCUGGAGAAUUCAAUCCCAAUCACUUUUUAGAUAAGGAUGGACAUUUCGUCGCUAGAGAAGAAUUUCUGCCAUUUGGAGCAGGCACUCGAGUGUGCCCAGGGGAGCAGUUGGCACGGAUGGAGCUCUUCCUUUUCUUUACUCACCUGAUGAGAGCAUUCAGGUUCCAGUUUCCAGAAGAAACAGUCGAAAUGACCAAGAUGCCUGUAUUGGGUUUCACAUUCCACCCACAGCCUUAUAGGAUUUGUGCGAUUCCCCGCUCUGAUUCAUGAUAAAAAAUAAUAAUAAAAUGGCUUACUACAGUAGAGUCUCACUUAUCCAAGCCUCGCUUAUCCAAGCCUCUGGAUAAUCCAAGACAUUUUUGUAGUCAAUGUUUUCAAUAUAUCGUGAUAUUUUGGUGCUAAAUUCGUAAAUACAGUAAUUACAACAUAACAUUACUGCGUAUUGAACUACUUUUUCUGUCAAAUUUGUUGUAUAACAUGAUGUUUUGGUGCUUAAUUUGUAAAAUCAUAACCUAAUUUGAUGUUUAAUAGGCUUUUCCUUAAUCCCUCCUUAUUAUCCAAGAUAUUCGCUUAUCCAAGCUUCUGCCGGCCCGUUUAGCUUGGAUAAGUGAGACUCUACUGUA